UGAUGAGAAGUGUCCCGGAUAUUCGCCUUCCUCCUCCGCUUGGGUCGUCGGACGCCGUCGCCGUCGCCGCCGCCGCCGCCGCUCACUCGCCUCUGAAGCGGGACGACGGAGUGCGAUCCAUUAAUCGUUUACCUGGAAGCCAAGACAGGACUGGGCACACUCGCAUGCAUGCCGGGACAUUCCUCCAGCACCCUUGACGAGUGCCAGUGAAUGCAUUCGAAGUGUACGUGUGCAGCCUGCAACUCCCAAAAAAAAUGGGUCCGUGACCAGCACGAGGGGCCGGUGUGGUUACCGCGGUAACAGACAUGCCAAAUCCGGACCUGCUCUGCCUAGUUCAGCUGCUGGACGGCACCAUCGAGACCUUCCGAGUCAACAAGCAAGAUGAAGGUGUGGUUCUGUUGGACCGAGUGUGCGACCACCUGGGCCUGCAGGAGAGGCAGCUCUUCAGUCUGCAGAUCAGAGAGUCCGGCACAGCCGUCACCUCCGUCGCAGCCGACGCGCACUCGCCCAGAUGGUUGGAGCCUGAGAAACCCUUGAAGAAGCAGCUAAAAGGUCUGGCGUGUCCCUUUUAUCUAAACUUCCGGGUGCGCUUCUUCAUUUCCGAUCCCAACUCUCUGCAGCGUGAACAGACGAGGAACCUUUACUUCCUCCAGAUCAGGACUGACAUUAAAGAGGGCAGGUUGCAGUGCCCGCUGAGUUCGGCCGUCGUGUUGGCCUCUUACGCCGUCCAGUCCGAGCUGGGGGACCACAGCCCGUCCCAGCAAAGCGGUUACUUGUCGAAGUGCCACUUCAUCCCCGGGCAGGACGAGAACUUUGUAUCCAAAGUGGAGGAGCUGCAUCCCAAGCACAACGGUCUGACGAAGAGUGAGGCAGAGCUGUGUUUCCUCAACACGGCCCGGACGUUGGAGCUGUACGGCGUGGAGCCGCACGCCGCCCUGGACACCAACCAUGCCCCUCUCACGGUGGGCUUGGCAUCAAGCGGCGUUGCCGUAUUCUGUAAUAUGGUUUGCUCCAGUUUCUUCCCCUGGGGGAACAUUAUCAAGAUUUCAUUUAAGAGGAAGCGCUUCUUCAUACAUCUCAAGCGCAAACAUGGGGAGACCCGGGACUGCCUGGUGUCGCUGGUUCUGCCGUGCUCCAAGACCUGCAAGAACCUGUGGCGCUCCUGUGUGGAUCAUCACUCCUUCUUCAGCUGCAACCGCAGCGCCGGGAGCCCCAAACGCAACGAAAGCGACGUUCAUUCCUACAGGCAGCUGAUUACUCAGCACCUGGGCCUGGCGAACAGUAAAAACGAAAGCGGUCCGGUUUGCCAACGUGUAGUGGGCGGGAUGGUGUGGAACCCAGUCCUGCGCCGGUCCAUUUCGUCAGAAUAUUUGGAAACAAAGAGUCUGCCGUCUAGAUCGCCCCCCAGCGCGCCCAACUGGCGGAGUCCUCGCGUUCGCCACGGCGUCCGCAAAGUGCGCCCGUCGUCCAUGGAGCUGAGCGGCGAGCAGAAAGACGCGUCGGAGGGCGAAGACGUCUUCUACACGUACAGGGCGUCCGUCGGCAGCAGCGAGGGGGACGCGUCGCCGCAUCAGUUGGGCGAGAUCUUGUUGCAAGCUGAUGACGGCGCAGCAGAAGACGACGGCGUCAGCGGCUCCGUCUACAGCAACAAGCAGGCCCUCAGCGAGGGCGACCUGCUGCUGGUACGCAUUGCCCCUGAUCACGAGGGCAAGUUUGGCUUCAAUGUUAAAGGCGGGGUGGAUCAGAAGAUGGCUCUCGCCGUAUCCCGCGUUAGACCUGACUCUCCGGCCGGUCGAUGUGAGCCCAAACUGCUGGAGGGUGACCAGGUGGUGCUCAUCAACGGUCGAGACAUUUCCGAACACACGCACGACCAGGUGGUCAUGUUCAUACGGGCCAGCAGAGAGUCGCACUCCCGGGAGCUGGCCCUGCUCGUCAAACGCAAAGGUCCCGGCCGAGCGGCGGCACUCCUGCUGCCGUCCCCGGCCCUCGCCCUCACCGCUCAGUCCCAGGGUGACGCGCCGCCGUCUCCCGGCCGCUCGGAGCGGGUCGCCACGCUGGACGAAUCCAUGCGACUGUUGGAGAGAGGAAUUCAGUCGGGAACGCUGUGCUUCCAUUUCGAGAAUUUAUACAGGAGGAAGCCCGGCUUGUCGCUAAGCUGCGCUCGGCUUCCCAAGAACAUGGACAAGAAUCGCUACAGGGACAUUUUACCCUAUGACGCAACCAGAGUCACCCUCCAGGGCCAGGACGACUACAUCAACGCCAGCCACGUCGCGGUGGAACCUCCGGUGUCUGGGGUGUGUUUACGUUAUGUUGCAGCUCAGGGUCCACUGCCGCAGACCUGCGCUCACUUUUGGCAAACUGUUUGGGAGCAGCAGUCGCACACCGUUGUCAUGCUUACAACUCUGACGGAGCGGGGAAGGACCAAGUGCCACCAGUACUGGCCGCAUCCGCCGGAAGGCAAGGAUUACGGACACGUGCGGGUGAAGUGUCACUCGGAGGAGUGCAACCUGGCCUACGUGACGCGGCAGUUCACCCUCACGCACACUCAGCGGGGCGAAGAGCGUGCGGUCACGCACCUGCAGUACGUGGCGUGGCCCGACCACGGCGUACCCGACGACCCCUCCGACUUCCUGCUGUUCGUCGGCUCGGCGCGGGAGAGGAGGCGAGCCCGAGAGCCUCUCGUGGUGCACUGCAGCGCCGGGAUCGGACGGACGGGCGUUCUGAUCACCAUGGAGACGGCGCUGACGCUGCUGGAUCGGGGGCUGCCGGUGUUUCCGCUGGACAUUGUCAAAACACUGAGAGAUCAGCGAGCCAUGAUGAUUCAGACCACGUGUCAGUUCCAGUUUGUGUGCGAGGCCAUCCUGCGAGUCUACAAGGAGAAGCAAGGGGGCUCUGCGGCCCCGUAGCCCAAAUCAGAACGAGCACCAGAGGAAAUUGAGCCUCGUAACUUCCACUCGAGCGACUCCCACCGAGGGGCUGACGAGCACCGUGAGAGACGAACCUCUGUUGCACCUGCGGUGUCGCGAGGCGGUCUGGGUGAGAACGACGUCGCGUCCGAACGCAGCCGGAUGUGAGCUCUGUAGCUGUGAUCAAAUUGGACCAUUUGAAUUUUAAACUCGUCCGCCUUAACGCUCUGCCUACGGCGCCGACCGACCUUGAAUGCGACGCACGAAACGAAUUGAGGUCGCGAAGCUCAGGAAUAAGUUAGCCUCGUCUGCAGGACGGCGGACGGAAGAAGGCGGCGUGAUAUGUUGUAAUGUGUGCUUUGUGUGUUUAAAAGGCCUUUUAGUAGAGGAGCACAAGUGUGUGUACUACACAAAAUACUGCGUUGGGGUACUGUGGUGUUGCUGCCACUUUUCAAUUAAAUUAUUCUCACCGUGAAAUAAACACUGCUUUGUACA